ACCUAUUGAUAUAAAACUUCACUUCCCAUUCAGUUUCCCCUGCUAAAUGCCACUCCAGGAGAGACUGAGUGUUGAUAAAUACAGGGGAAGGAAAAAGUCGUAAGCUGAGCCUGGUCACAUUGCCCCUUGUGAUAUCGUUUUAUUUUUAACUCGCAACACUUGGACUACUUCUGUUGAAGUUUUCACUCCUUUCCCUGCCUUCCCAACAGAACUGUGUCCUCUACUGCAGCUGACGCAACCCAGGCACCUCCCAGCAAUCCGCUUAGUUGCAAUCAAGGGUUCAGGUGCAAGCAGAUGCUGACUCAGCCCGUUGCAUUAAGAGCUAAGAAGCAAGAAGAAAUUGGGGCACCAUGGGGAAAGCCCGCAGGCCUCCGCCAGGGCACCACAGGCAUUGUGAGGGAUGCUUCAACCGCCACUGCCACAUUCCUGCGGAACCCAACGUCUCCUGCCUGGUAAUAAGCUGCCACCUGCUCUGUGGUGCCACCUUCCACAUGUGCAAAGAGGCAGAGCACCAGCUCCUCUGCCCUUUAGAGCAGGUUCCAUGCCUCAACUCCGAAUAUGGCUGCCCUCUGUCCAUGUCCCGCCACAAACUGGCCAAGCACCUGCAGGUGUGCCCCGCCAGCGUGGUCUGCUGCUCCAUGGAGUGGAACCGCUGGCCAAAUGUGGACUCUGAAACCACCCUUCACGAGAACAUCAUGAAAGAGACCCCCAGUGAGGAGUGUUUGGACACAGCCCUGGCCCUGCAGGACCAGAAGGUCCUCUUCAGAUCCUUGAAAAUGGUGGAACUUUUCCCAGAAACUAGAGAGGCUACUGAGGAGGAACCAACUAUGAAUGGUGAAACCGGUGUGGAGGAAAUGGGAGGAGCAGUGGGUGGAGUGGAUAUCAGUUUGGUAACACAUGGUUUGUCAGCAACUAAUGGGGAGAUGGCAGAGCUAAGUCAAGAAGAACGGGAGGUGCUAGCCAAAACCAAAGAAGGGAUGGACCUGGCUAAGUUUGGCCAGUGGGAAAAUAUUUUCAGCAAAGAGCACGCAGCCUCUGCUUUAACAAAUUCGUCAGCGAGCUGUGAGAGCAAGAACAAGAAUGGCCCAGAGAAGGAACAGAUUUCCAGUGGCAAUAACAUGGUAGAAGGAGAGGGCGCUCCCGAAAAGAAAGAACCACAGGAAAAUCAGAAGCAGCAGAACGUUCACACAGCUGUGGAAACCACAGGGCUUGCCCCUUGGCAGGAUGGUGUUCUGGAAAGACUGAAAACAGCUGUGGAUGCAAAGGACUAUAACAUGUAUCUAGUGCACAAUGGGCGGAUGCUGAUCCACUUUGGUCAGAUGCCUGCUUGUACACCCAAGGAGAGAGACUUUGUUUAUGGCAAGCUUGAGGCUCAGGAAGUUAAGACUGUUUAUACCUUCAAAGUUCCUGUGAGCUACUGUGGAAAGCGAGCUCGACUUGGAGAUGCCAUGUUGAGUUGUAAGCCGAGUGAACACAAGGCAGUGGAUACUUCAGAUCUGGGGAUCACUGUGGAGGACCUGCCCAAAUCAGAUCUCAUCAAGACCACCCUCCAGUGUGCUUUGGAAAGAGAACUCAAAGGCCACGUCAUCUCUGAAUCCAGAAGCAUUGAUGGACUGUUCAUGGAUUUUGCCACACAAACAUACAACUUUGAGCCAGAACAGUUUUCCUCUGGGACAGUGCUGGCUGACCUAACCGCUGCCACCCCAGGGGGACUCCAUGUGGAGCUGCACAGUGAGUGUGUCACCAGGAGACACAACAAAAGCAGUUCUGCCUUCACUUUCACUUGCAACAAAUUCUUCAGGAGGGAUGAGUUUCCCCUGCACUUCAAGAAUGUCCACACAGACAUUCAGUCAUGUCUCAACGGCUGGUUCCAGCAUCGAUGCCCCCUCGCCUACUUGGGAUGUACAUUUGUUCAAAACCAUUUCCGUCCCCCGGGGCAAAAGGCAAAAGUAAUCUACAGCCAGGAGCUCAAGACCUUUGCCAUUAAGCCGGAGGUUGCUCCAGAGCUGAGCGAACGAAGGAAGAACAACCAUCUUUUGGGUCAUGGAGGAAAAAGCCAGAAUUCUUUAACCAGCCUGCCCCUGGAGAUUUUGCAGUACAUUGCUGGGUUCUUGGACAGUGUCAGCCUGGCCCAGCUCUCCCAGGUGUCUGUGCUGAUGAGGAAUAUCUGUGCCACUUUGUUACAAGACAGAGGGAUGGUCCUUUUGCAAUGGAAGAAGAAGAGGUAUUCCCAUGGAGGCACCUCCUGGAGAGUCCACAGAGAGAUCUGGCAGUUCAGCAGCCUCUUCUCCAAAAUCAAGAGCUGGGAGUUUAAUGAAGUCACCUCCAUGUCCGAGCACCUGAAGUCCUGUCCUUUCAACAUCGUAGAGCACAAAACUGACCCGAUUCUUUUGACUAGCAUGUGUCAGCCCCGUGAGCAGGCCCGAGAGAGCUUAGUCUCCACCUUUAGAGUCAGACCACGAGGAAGAUACGUCUCCUAAAAAUGCAGAUGCCACCCGAUGCACCCUUCUUGGAUUUCUUCUCGGAGUUCCUGAAGUAGGACAGAGUGUGGUUUUGAGGAUUCCCUUCUGUAAACUGCCUAUUUGCUUAUCAGGGUGUAUUGGAACAUGCAAUGUCCUUCAAAACCUCAACACAAGGCCAAAGAAUUUCCUAAGCCAUGUCUUGUACCAUAGUGACAUAUUAGUGACUUAUUUCCUUUUUUCUUUUCUUUUCUUUUUUCUUUCUUUCUAAAAUAGAUUGGUCUGAGAAGAAAAUAAGUAAUUUGAGGCCAUUUGGAAGAUGGACCCAAUUUCUUAAGCGAUGAGAGAGCAUGAAAUUCCAUAAUCAGUACAGGCCUGUGCUUUUAUGGGCUUUUUAGUUUACAGAGCACUUUCAAAUUUAUGGGACAGGAAACGCAGAAUGGGACUAAGGUACAAAGAGUUACUCCCCAGGGAAUGCAGGGUGAAGGGAACAAAGCUGGAGGCUCUGGAGCUGGGUCUGUUUUGAUGGUCAAGUCCAGGGCUCGUUUUGGCCAUUCUACUGCCUCUAGGCCAGGGUAGUUCUAACACAGCCUGACAUAGGAGAGCCCCUGACUGAGCAUGGCAGCCUUGAAGAUACCACAGGCCAAAACAUGAGGGGCAGAAAUGGGGUCACAGAGUCUGUUGUUAGAAUCUUGGCAACAUACAGCAGGAAAGCCUUGAGAAAUGGGGAGUCCAAAGGAGACACCGUAUUUAUGGAGAACAUUAGGACAAAAAGCCACAAGCCUACUUUGUAACAUUUUAAUGACUUAAGGGUCAAGAUGUUUUUUCCUCAGAAAAUUAUGUUCUGAGUUAGGCAGAACCUAGGCAUGGCCCUGGGCCACCCUGUGCUAUCUGAAAUGACCUCAAUACACUAAUGCCAACCUCAGCGUCAUGCCAGAAUGCACAGGGUAGCCCAGGGAGACCACACCUUUGGCAAAGUCCAGACAAGGCCCACUGCAGUUCCUAUGGCACCAGUCACCAGCUCCUAGACACCACUUGGGCACCCCAUUGGGGUCUUGGAGAGGAAGACAUGUGAACCUAAUGGCUCCCUGAAAUUGCUCCUACCCAUCCAUAUUGCUGGUCAUGCAUUCAGUCUGACAAAAAUGGAUGAUACUGCUAUUUUUGGUAACAAACAGUGAAUAUUCAUAAGAACAAAAGUAAAAGAAAAAAAGACACAGUAGAAACUAGCAUCCCCUAAAGCAGGGCUUCUUAAGAGACUUGGAAUAUUGACAUUUUUUAAAUGGAUAAUUUUUUUUUUUUUUUUUUUGGAUGGGGAGGGGAUGGAGUUUCACUCUUGUUGCCCAGGUUGGAGCGCAAUGACAACGAUCUCGGCUCACUGCAACCUCCGCCUCCUGGGUUCAAGCGAUUCUCCUGCCUCAGCCUCCUGAGUAGCUGGGAUUACACGCCUGGCUAAUUUUGUAUUUUUAGUAGAGACGGGGUUUCUCCAUGUUGGUCAGGCUGGUCUUGAACUCCCGACCUCAGGUGACCUGCCCGCCUUGGCCUCCCAAAGUGCUGGGAUUAUAGGUGUGAGCCACUGUGCCCGGUCUGAAUUGGAUAAUUAUUUGUUGCAAGGGACUGUUCUGUGUGCUACAAGAUACUUGGUAGCAUCCUUGGCCUAUCCAUUAAAUGCCAGUAGCACCCCCACAGUGGCAACAACCAAAAAUGUCACCAGAUAUUGCUAAAGGUCAGGGAGCAAAAUGGCUCCCGGUUGAAAAUCCCUAAAGGAUGUCAUACUAGUGACAAUAAGUUAGGAUAGGCUUAUUUUUUGGUGCAGCAAAAUCUUAUCUCACAUAGUCAUCCACAAUAGUUAUGAUUUAAUACAGCUCUUUAUUUAUGAAAUAGGUUUUAGACACGUGGUGAUUUUAAGUUGGGAACCGGAUGGAAAUGAUUUGUUUGGUAUGCCUUCAUGUCCUUCAUCCACAUGCAGGAAUGUAUCCUUUCAGCUCUCUUUGGUUAUACCUGAAGCCAGGAGUGUUGAGUUAUUAGCCUUGUGUUUAUAUUCCUCUCACUGUAAUUGGUAUCAUUUUCCCAGCAGUCCUAGCAGUCCUCAAGCAAGUGGGAAAUAGGAAAAGAAAAGGACAGGGAUUGUACAGAAGCAGAUAAUAAAAAAUUUAGCCAACAAAAGAAAGAGUCUAGUCAAUCUGGGUACUUGUUAUUGCCUGGGUUCUCUCUAAACAUGGUUCAGAGCUGGUGUAGAUGAAGUAGGUGAAACCUCUGAAAAGAGUGGAGAAGGCAGUAGAGCAAGCCCCAGACCAGAAAUACGCUCAUCUUUUCAUUGUCAUGUGCCACUCGGCACUAUUUGGUAAUGUCACUCUAUUUUUCCUGAUUCCAUCCUUUGGUUUAUAUUUCAUAUUUGUAUAUAAGGCACCAUUUUCUAAAAAUAUGACUAGGGUGUGACCUAAGGUUUUAUUCUGUGAAGAUGAGUAACUGGAAAGAAGCUAACACUACAGUGGGAAGAAAGGAAGAGAGUUGUCCAGGUGGUAGUUCCACAUGUUUUGAAUCUAGUCCUUCCUACAUGGAGGAAAAAAGCUCCUAAAUUCCACUCUGGGUUUGUGAUUUUAAUAGAAAUAGAAAGGGAAACUACAGACCCAUGGAGAUGAAAUUCAGGGGCUAUGGACGGAUAGAGGAGAAAGGUGCUACUUAGAGAAUGGAGGAGAAAGGUGCUACUUAGAGAAUGGAGGAGAAAGGUGCUACUUGGAGAAAGGAAGAGGGCAGAGGGCUUUCCCUUCCCAAACUGGGUGGGUGGGGGCAGCCUCAAGAGAGUGGCACUGCCCACAACUGCUUGUGGGUUGUACACUUCAAACUGCACUCUUCCCCUCCAGUUGCUGCCUUCAGAGCCGUGUUGAAGCACGAGCUUCAAUAAGACAAGCACACUUCAUAGUGAGAGGGCAGUGGCACCAAAGCCCUUCAGAGCGACUAUGGAUUAGACAGAAAUGAUUUGUGAGAGGAAGCUGGAGUGAACGGCAUGAAUGGCAAGUGUUAUCUGACAGAGGCAAGACAGCUAGAUGUGGCUUCAGAUUUAGAAACAGCUGAGGGGAGCAAAGAGGGACUGUGUACACAGGGAAGGGACAUAUCUAUGGGCAGAGCCCUUGGUGAGUAUCAUCACCAAGAAAGGCAAGUCCAGAGUAGAGAUCAGCUGAACAUGGAGGAUGGGUCUGUAGAACUGGGCCAGAGAGGAUCUUGCUGCCUUAGUAGCAUAAGGGUCUGGAAAAGAAGUUUCUGUCUCACAACAAAGGAAAAAGUGAAAAGCAAGGUGGAACUUGAAGAUGUGUCACGAAACUCACUAUAAAAAUCUGAUUUAUGUGUGAUAUCAAAUCAAACUGAAGUGAAGAAUGAGACUGAGUAUAUCAGUGGUGACUGACCUCUGUAUACUAGAAAUCUCAAUGUCUCUAGAAGAGGAAAUAAAAGCUGCUUUGCACUCUGAAA